GACAUAUUGUCGCGUCAUUUCAAUAUUUUUCGAAUUUCGAAUCCCAAGGUAACACAAAGCGGGUUGCAUAAAGAACGAUAAUGGUGGUCAACAAACCCAGUGGGCGGUUCCGAUGGAGUAAAGGAACUCCACAUUACAGGAAAACGUAACAGAAUCCAUUAGAAGACCCGACUAUAAUACCAGUACUUCCAAGCAAGCGGGCCUUUAUAUUAACGCCGUCUCCUUCUUACGAAUGUGUCAUGGCAUCUAUGGCUAUUAGCUCUUUUUUUCAGCGCAUACCAGCUGAGGUGCGCCGGAUGAUUCUCAUCGAGGCUUUUGGGAAUCGUACUGUGCAUCUAGAUCUUUGUUUCGACCACCCUGUGGUUUAUUUAUCCGACGAGGAAGCGCAGAAGCAACGUAGUCAUUGUGGUACCGAUCCCGGACAGGCCCGCCGCUCAAAGCGAGAUACAACACGUCCUAAGGCCUGGAGGUGGUUCAGCUGCGUAUGUCAUCGCGAUACUGAACUUCGCGUACGUGGGAUGGGCAGCAGUUCAGAGCCAUAUACUGACAUCUGCCUUGGCGGUACCGCUGCAUCUUGUCGUGGAUGGCGCGGAGAAUUCCCGUAUAAAUGCUUUAUAGGCGUUAUGGGAUGGCUUCUAGCUUGUAGACAAGCAUAUACAGAGGGCAUUGAAAUCCUCUACUCUACCAACAACUUUCAUAUCUCUAACGGCGAUAUGAUUCAUGCCUUCCCUGGUUUAAUUAGAGCUGAACACCGGGCCAUGAUUACCUCAGUAGAGAUGAUGUGGCAACUCAACUUACAUGCAAACGCGGCGUCAGGCUGGGAUCAUCUUACCGCUUUAGUGCGUGCGGUUCCAAAUUCUUUUUCUGGGUUGAGGAAGCUCUAUAUUUGUCUUGGUGGUUCUUGGAAGCCACCAGCAAUUAGUCCUGAUAAUUGUAUAGGGGAGUUGGAGACCAGUGUUCUAGAAGUUAUGGAUGAAAUGGUAAGGAAUCUUGGUCCGCAGUUGCAGGAAUGCAGCAUUGCGGUACCCGCUAAUAUAUUCUGGCCUCAGCGAGAGCAUGGUAUUAGACAAGGGUACAAGUUUGAAUCUGGGCCUGGGAAUGUGUCUGAUCGUGUCUGGCGGCCACUCGCACCUCUGCGAGAAUCUGAAAACGAAGAGGGGGUUGAAUCUGGAUACUGGAUCAAAGAAGGGCCUGACGAAAUACCUUAUCCAUUCGCGCAUAUAAUUGCUGGCUAAUUUCUAUGUUCGGUUUCUGCUAUUUUGAAGGUACACCGAUUUGCACUACGAAGGAAUAAUACUUCUCAUCAAACCUAUCAAUAGAAAAUACGGAUAUGACUUAAUAUAAAUCGUCGAACUUCCGAUCUCUGCCUUACACCCCACGAUGAAUACGAAUAGCUCGUGUAUAUACAUAACGGAGUCUACUAAAGAAUCCAAGGGCAGGCUGAAUUAUAACACCAUCCCAAGUAUUCGACGUGAAAUUCCUUCUACCGCAAGAUAUAUUACCUGUUCCGUUACGCCCCUGAGUUGAAUUGCCGGUACAAAAGGCCGAUCCAGUUAGAGGCCAGGAUUUGUGAAGACCUCCCGGCAGUCGAUAGAGGGUAUGUGUGGUGCCACAGUGCGUACUGCGUCCGAUCUUGUGUACCUACGACACUUCGGUACUUUAGUAUCCCAUAUGUAACGAAGUUUUUGGCCUCUGCAUAGAUGAUAAACUGGCUUAUUUCUGAUUCCCGAGCAUUUUCUAG